GUUCGUUCCACUAACAGUCUCUCUCAACCGCUGUGCUCCUUUCUCAACCCCUACACCCCCAUCGUGCCGCCACCGUCCCUGGCGCGCCGCUGCCGCUCUUGUUUUUCACCGUCCAACACUUUGGCUCAAGGUUCUUGGCCACAGAACUGAGGUCAGUGGUUCUCCAUCCCGAUCUGUUAACGCCGAGGAAGGCCAGCGACUCCAAUUUCUCCUGCACGCCUUCCAAACGCAUCCUUGCGAGAAGGCCUCGCCUCUUCAUCCUCCUCCCCUGCACAUUGGCCCUUCACGGUGGUGGCAGGUUAGGUAGUUUUAGCAGAAUGUUCCAGAGAAUUUGGUCCUUGGGAGUGAGCAAGCAGAGGUUCUUCUACAUGAUGAGCAUUAUAACUUGGGGGGUAUCAGUAUAGUGGAACUGCAUCGGCUUGCAUAUGCUCAAGUUCUAUCAUCACAUGCAUUGACCUGGCAAAUAGAUCCAAUAUAUUUAACUUCGUGCAUGAAGCAAGGAAUGAGCUUGUUAGAGAAUUUAUUAUAUCGACAAUCUGUUCAACACAAUGACACAUUGCUUAAGAACAUUGAGAUUUGCCGUUUGUACGAGCUUGAUCAUAUCAGUUCAAAGAUCAUGAAGGUUGCUGGAGUAUUUCACUGGAAGCAUGGUCCUAAAGGUGCAGGAGUAUUUUGGCUUCAACAAGCCCAAGAUGCAAGUUGUCUCGGUAGGAUUGCCCUGCAGUUAUUUGAUGCUGUUGGAAAGUUAAUUUCUGAUGAAAGCUUCAAGAUGGUACCGGAUUAAGAUUACUGUGAGAUGGAAGGACAGAACAGUGAAGAUGGCUUUUUUUUUGAAUUCCUGCUAGAGUUGUUCAAUAUGAAGGUAAUUCAUCUUAAGUUGGGGGAAGGUGUAUUAAUUUUCUCAAUAUUGUGAUGAAUUUGAUAAACAUAUUAGGUCACUUCAGAUUAUGACAAGGAAAAAUUACAAGAAAGAUUAGCCAAGAUUUCUGGGGGUGUUGCACUGCUUAAGGUAUGGAUAUUUAAGUUGACCUUGCUUGCUUAUGGGUUAGUUACUUUUCUGUAUUCCAUAUUUUUUUUUUCUGUACUUUACAAUAAAAUACAAAAUAGUUUGUAAUUUUAUGAUUUAGAGAUAGGUCAAGUUAAGGACGUGGUUGAUAUGC